AUGCCCAAGUCAUACGCGUCCAUUGACUCCGUGGACGGCGAUAGCGACGUCCUCGACUACGAUGACGACGACUACGCGCUCGCGCAGAAGGAGUGGGAGGAGAGCCUCAGCCAGCUCACCCAAGUCUUCUCCGUCGUCCUACUACCCUACUUUGGAAAGUGGCUUGGCAGGCGUUACGCCUACGCUGCCUAUGCACGCUAUCUGCAACUCGGCUUCGGCAAGGCCUUCUUCGGUAUUCGCGGAUGA